AAGAAACGUGCAUCCCCGAACGAACGUUCAGUUAUGCGUAAAACAAGUUAAAAAACACAUACAUAAAGCAUAGCCAAAGCCAUAUUAUCCCAUAAUCACUUCUCCAAAAAUAAAACAAUAUAUCCCCCAAAACUUCGUCACCGAAAACCCAAACCUAUCACCCAUUUCUUUGCAUAACUUCCUCACCCCCCCUUUUUUCUCUGAUGAAUCUUCGUCUUUCUUCUGCACUCCUCACCAUCUUUCUAGCCUUAUCGGCGUUGUCAUCGUCUUCCCAUGCCACCGAGAAUUGGAGCCGAUCCAUGUUCUGGAGCAAGCUCCAGGUCCGUGACCGACGUCUCUCCAGUGACCAAAUAUGUCAUGGUCACUCCGGCAAGUGCCUGGAAGAAACCGAUUUGGAUAUACACCGCAGAGAAUUAAGCGCAAGAAAGUACAUUAGCUACGCCGCCUUAAGGAUGAAUGCUGUUCCAUGCAAUCAACCAGGUCGAUCCUACUAUAAUUGUGGCAUUGGUGAAGUUGCUAAUCCAUACAGUAGAGGGUGCAGCGUCUUAACCCGUUGCCGUCGGUUCACUGCUUAAAAUGAAGCAAUUUCUAUUCUAUGCCCAUCAUAAUUUCUCGUACACUUUCUCUUUUUCAUUAUUGUAGGACAAGCUUUUCUUCUUUUCUCUAAUUAUUACUAGUAUUUUCUUUUUCAACGUCGAUAUAUAUAAGUGUGGGUUGAGAUAUUAUUUCCAAGGA